ACAAGAAAAAAAAUAAACAAUACAAACAACAACAACAAGCCUAUUGCUGUAACUAUUGUAGAACCAUAUCUUGAUGAGGACGGUGUAGAGUUUGCAGUACAAAGACCUCAAAGUCCAAAUAAUAGUCCGCCAGCGGCAGAACACGAACAACGUAUGCCUGUUCGACUGCCUAUUUCUCGAGUAGCACUGCCAGGCGACAACGAAGAUUUAUAUUCUGGUAGUCCUGCUCGAGCAAUGUUUCGAGAACCCAUUAUUUGUAAUUAUUUAAUUACCAUCAGUCAAAAGUAUAUGUAUAGGGUGCUGCAUGUGUUUGUACCCUCUACGCCCGAAACGAGUAUGUUGCAUGAAGAGAUGCGGGUUAGAGGGAAAAUGCACAGGAUGCUGCAAGUGCAUCUUGAAGAAUUUCGAGGAUCUCAAAGAACGCAUGCAGCACAAAAUAGAAGAAAAACAUCGACAAUGGCUGACACAACCUAUGCUAUUUCAAGAUUGAAAUAGCAUAGGGUAUUUUUUUUUUAAUUUUGUAUAUAGUAAUUUUUUUUUUUUUAUUAUUGUAUAUAGGAUUUUUUUUGUAUUCUAAAA